AAUUAACAACCGUUCAUUAAUCUAUUCUAUUUCAUAUCUCACCGCUUCACUCACGGACGACACAGUAACACACAACCCCGAUAAGGGUCUGUAAUAACAAGAAGAAGCUGAAUCCUCUUUUAUUCUUUCCAGCCUGGCAUCUUACCAACCACACUGUUCCACCCCCAAACCCCACACCAAUCCAAUUACUACUACUAACCACCAAAUUACCAAAACUACCCUCACCCUUCAAAAAUAACAAUAACUAACAACACUCUUCUCUUCUUCUUUUUCAUUCUUCACUUCACUCUCUCAAACUCUCAAAUCAAAUCUUCCACUUAACCACCAUGUCACCGACACUCACGCGCUACCUCGCGUUUUUCAUCUUCUCCGCCGCACUUUUUUCAUUUUCCUCCGCCGAACUCCUCCAGUUAUUCCGUGAAGCACCAGCAUUCCGCAACGGUAGAGAAUGUCCACCAAGCGAAACAUCCUCCGUCAUCCACAUUGCAAUGACACUCGACGCUACCUACCUCCGUGGCUCCAUCGCCGGAGUCUUCUCCGUUCUUCAACACGCUUCAUGUCCAGAAAACGUAGUUUUCCACUUCGUCACAACCACGCACCGUCGCCGACAAGAGCUUCGUCGUAUAAUCAUUUCAACGUUCCCGUAUCUGAAUUUCCACAUCUAUCACUUCGAUUCAAAUCUUGUUAGAGGAAAGAUCUCGUACUCGAUUCGCCGCGCGCUUGAUCAGCCACUCAAUUACGCGCGUAUGUACCUCGCCGAUCUUGUUCCGGCGACCGCUCAGCGAAUUAUUUACUUCGAUUCAGACCUAAUCGUCGUUGACGACGUGGCGAAACUUUGGAGUAUCGAUUUAGGAGAUCACGUGCUUGGCGCACCGGAGUAUUGUCACGCGAACUUCACUAACUACUUCACUCACCGGUUCUGGUCGAAUCCUACUUAUGCGGCGUCGUUUAAAGGACGCGAUGCAUGUUACUUUAACACUGGUGUAAUGGUGAUUGAUCUAUGGAAAUGGCGUGAAGGAAGAUACACUGAGAAGCUUGAAAACUGGAUGCGGAUCCAGAAACGGAGUCGGAUCUAUGAACUUGGAUCUCUUCCGCCGUUUCUUUUGGUGUUUGCAGGUAAUGUGGAGAGAGUGGAGCAUAGGUGGAAUCAGCAUGGUCUUGGUGGUGAUAAUGUGGAAGGGCUUUGCCGUGAUUUGCAUCCCGGUCCGGUCAGUCUUUUGCAUUGGAGUGGAAAAGGGAAGCCAUGGCUUAGAAUUGAUUCCAAGAAGCCUUGUCCGUUGGAUAGUUUGUGGGCUCCUUAUGAUCUCUUUCGCCAUUCUCCGUCCUUGUUUAAUGAUUCCUAAUUAGGGUUUGAUGAAGAAUGAAAAAAUGCUGGAGGUUGUUGUAGAUAUGUUCGACCAAAGGGUUAAUGAAAUGAGUUCUUAUGGGAUAUGUAUAUAAUGGAUUUGAAUUGAAUGAAUGCUGUACAAAAACCUCAAUGAUGAUUUGAGAUGGACUGCUACUUUAUGUUGUUGUUGAUCAUUCAUUCACACCUUGAUGAUGAUCGGCACGGCAAGGCAGCAAGCUGUGUGUGCCACAAAAUCGGCACACACACUAGGUCCAUUUAAUGAAGGGUAUAUCCAAGUGGAAAGGGAUUGAAGAGUUAUUCAUGGUGGAAUCGAAAGCUGGUAUUUUUUUUUUUUUGAUUUAGAUUAGGCAUUUAGAUGUUUGGUUAUUGUUGUGCAUCACCAUGGCUUUUGGUGCUAUGUUUUUCCUUUUGGAUUUGAGAAGAUGAUUAUAGAUUCAGAUUCACCAUUUUUUCUUUGUCUUCACCAUGGUUAUUAUUAUUGAUGCAUUCUAAAUUUUCUGUUUUACCAUUGCCAAGCAAUUCAAAGUGGUAUACACCUGCCAUUCAAGCUCUGAAUUUCAAAAUUUAGUGAAACUUUUUUGUUUUUGUAAUUAUUGCUUUGCUUGGUUACAUUAUUUUGAUUGACCCUAUUGCAAUUGUCUUAAAUAAUGGGAACUUAUGGAUCAUAAAUUCAUUAGUCACAAAGAAGUGAAUAGCAGUUGUGAAAAGAAAAUUAUUUCACCAUGAGAGAUGUUGAGGCCUUAAAAACAUUUUUUGAAAGAGAACAAAAUACUUCUCUUUGGCCUGUGUCUAAUGCUGGCGACAGAUGGAAUCAUUGUUGACGGAGAAGAUUAUAUGUCUGGGAGGAGGCUCAACUGAUGGAGUUAGAAGAGAUGCUAGCUGGCGUGGCUGUGAGCCUCGGAUCAGUUGAUAAAUGGGUCUGGAAGUAUGAUAUAGCUGCUGGUUUUUCUGUUAAAUCCGCAUAAUUUGCUGCAAGAGUUGCUGGUUCAGGAUCAAGGUGAUGAAGGACAGUGUAAGUGUAACGCUUAUAAGAAGCUCUGGAAGUGUUCAGCACCAACAAAGUUUGUUAUUCAUGGAUGGAGAGUUCUUCUCAAUAGAAUUACAACGAAGGAACAUAUGCAAAAGGAAUUAUUAACGCAGUUAGCAUUUUAUGUGUGUUUUGUUUGUCUGAUAUUGCGAGUUGUAUUCAUGUACUAUUCUCCUGUCCGUUCACGUAUGGUGUGUGGACAUCUAUCUAUAGGUGGCUUGGCUUUGAAGGCACAUUCGCAGCAACCGCGGUGGAUCAUUUUAUGCAACACGGUGGGAUGUUUACAGGGAAUAAGUGGAAAAAGACUAGGCACCUAGUAGUGUGGUUGUCUGUAAUUUGGUCCUUAUGGAUAGCUAGGAACAAAUGGUGUUGGAAGGGAAGAUUGUUUGUCAGUAUGCAAUUAUUUUAAAUGCAAACUCUUGGCCUGGAGUUGGCUUAUGCUUAAAAUUGAAAGAAGUCACGAUGCUUCUGUGUUGGAUUGGAUGAGGGAGCCUAUGAUGUGCAUGGGAGGUAGUUAAGUGGUGCACAUACCAGGAGCUUCACUGUGGUGUUUUUAUUUUUGAGUGCUUUCAUUGUAUGCUUAGGGGGGGAGUAGGUUCUUUACAAUAUGUAUGUACUUCAUGCAGAUUUUUGUGUUAUUUGCUAUCUAUCCGACUUUUGAGCAAAUGAUUAGGUGGGUCUUCUGCAACCCUUCAUAGAAAGUGUCUGAAACCGCGACAUGUCUAAUCAUAGAGGUGUGUGUGCUUCAUAAGUAAAUUAGAUGUCAUUUAAUGUAAUAAACGACAACUAAUUAAAUUAUUCUUUGCAUUAAA